AUGUCAAAUGUUCGAGAACAAAACAACGAUGAUGGUAGCUUUUCAGAAACUUUACCUCCAAUCAAUCCUCCUGCUUCUUCAACUCAAAAUAAAAGUGUGCGCAGAGAAAGACAAAAAGAAAACACGGUGUCUAACAUUGACAAAGUUCUUGAGCAUUUAAAUAAAAAACAAAAAGUCACCACUAGUGCACUUGAUGCUAUUGAAAUGCUCAUGCUUAGCCACGCAAAAACAAUAAAAACAUUUUCUCCGAGAAGGCAAGCUACUGUGAAACAACAAAUUUCUAAUAUUAUUGGGAAUUUAGAAAUGGAUGAAAAUGAAAAUUACCAUGGCUCCCGCUCAACUAACCAUCACGUUAUCCAUCAUGAGGACCGCGAUUACCCUGCUACAACUGACCAGCACGUGGUUAAUUAUCGAUCAAAUAAUGAUGAUGUGGUCUAUCAUGAGGACCGCGAUUACCCUCCUACAACUGACCAACACGUGGUUUACCCAACUCAAACUCAAAACACUGAUCCUAUUAAUUUAUCAGUUGAAAAUUGUGCACAAACUUACACAAAUCUUGGUAGUUAUUCAUGGUAA